CUUUACCAAAGCCUCCUUUUCUUUUUCCCUAAUAGCUCAUGUGGCCACCGUGGCUGAGUUCACCUAGCCGGUUCCGCAACACGCCACCACCGUCACCAUCGCCGUCGCAUUCUCGAGCCCGCUCCUUAAGCUUCUCCUGCUCUUCUUUCAAAGACAUUCAGAGCCUCCUUCAGGACAAACCCGAACCCGAACCCGCCUCCCUCAAAUCUCCUUCCCUCUUCCGUCGCGUUCGGAUCUCCACCGCCGUCCUCCGCGCCUUGGGUGGCUCCCGCGUCUCCGUACAACCGCCUCACGCCGCCGCAUUGCCGCCGGGCCUCGACCAGGGCGUCGUCGUCUACUACACCAGCCUCCGCGUGGUUCGCCGGACCUUCGACGACUGCAGAACCGUCCGAUCGAUCCUCCGAGGGUUCCGUGUCGCCGUCGACGAGCGAGAUGUGUCCAUGGACGACCGGUUCCGCGACGAGCUGCAAGGGAUCCUCGGUCGCCGGAACGUGACGCUGCCAAGGGUGUUCGUCGGCGGCACUUACGUCGGCGGUGCCGACGAUGUUAGGCAGCUCCACGAGAGCGGCGAACUGCAGCAGCUGAUUGAGCGGUUGCCGAAGUCGAAUCAGAACGGUUGCGAAUACUGUGGAGGGUUUAGAUUCGUGGUGUGUGACGAGUGUAAUGGAAGUCAUAAGGUGUUCACGGAGAAGAGCGGGUUCAGGAGCUGUUCCUCUUGCAACUCCAACGGCUUGAUCAGAUGCCCUGCAUGUUUCUUUGUGGUCCCGCGUCACACCAGAUAGUUACUCUCUCAGUUAGUUACAGCUCACAAACCACUCAGCGAACAAGGAAAAAAGAAUAAGGGAUACAUUAAUCAUUUUUGUUGAUAAAUAAAAUAAGUUUAAUAUGUUAUAUAG